AAUACUGUUAAUACUCGUUAAAAAUAGGCUGUGAUUGAGUGAUUGACUGAAUAGGGAGCAUUUGCCAUAUUCUGCUAAGAAAUGGCUGGUAAAAUGGAAGUGGACGGACCAAGUGGAGGUGUGAUGGCGUCCACAAGUUGCCCCGGUAGCGUGUCCGUAUCACUGCACCCUCUGGUCAUCAUGAACAUAUCGGAACACUGGACUCGAGUACGAGCACAAGAAGGCAAACCUACACAAGUUCUAGGUGCAGUGAUUGGUAAACAAAAGGGACGAAAUAUUGAGGUGAUGAACUCGUUCGAGCUGCUGUUUGAUUUGAUAGAAGGCGAGAUAAUCCUCAACAUGGAAUACUACAACACAAAAGAGGAACAGUUUAAACAGGUGUUUAGUGACAUGGAUUUCCUGGGAUGGUACUCAACUGGAGACACACCCACUUUCUCUGAUAUCAAAAUUCACAAACAGAUCUGUCAGAUAAAUGAGAGUCCCAUAUUUGUCAGAUUGAAUCCCCUCGCUCGACAGUCAGAUCUCCCUGUGACAAUCUAUGAGUCAGUAAUCGAUCUUGUCAACAAUGAAGCCACUAUGUUAUUCGUGGAGCUACAAUACACACUGGCUACUGAGGAGGCAGAGAGGAUAGGGGUGGAUCAUGUGGCACGGAUGUCUACAUCAGAUACGGGUGAAGGGUCAUCAGUUGCAGAACACCUAAUUGCCCAACACAGUUCUAUCAAGAUGUUACACAGUCGGGUCAAGCUUAUACUGGAGUACAUUAAGGCUGUACAGGCUGGGGAAGUCCCUAAGAACCAUGACAUUCUACGGGAAGCCUACAGUCUUUGUUACCGACUCCCUGUUCUCAACACGCCCAAGUUCAAAGAGGACUUCUAUAAUCAAUGUAAUGACGUUUGCUUAAUGGCAUACCUGGGUACAAUAACGAAGGGCUGCAACACAAUUAACCAGUUUGUGAACAAGUUUAAUGUGAUGUAUGACAGACAAGGCAUGGGUCGGAGGAUGCGGGGACUGUUCUUUUGAGGGCUGAGAACUAAUUAAAUUCAUUGAUUGGGAACCAGUCUCUCCAGCUGUGAUUUUUAAUAUGCUUCAGAUUCAUUACAGGAAUCUGUGUGUAGUGCUCCGAGGACUGAAUGUGGGAUGUAUGUUGUUGAAAAUGAGUCGACAAUAAAUAUAUGUUAAAUAUGUA